AUGAAGCUGUUCAAGGGGGCCUCCGCCUCCCCUGCAAGUCCUGGCCGGUCACGUCCAGGCACCUCAUCCAUCCGUGGCAGGAUUUCGAACCCCAUCCCGAUACCUAGUGCAGUCGACGACGACGAGUUCCCCAUCCGAAGGCCAGGCACUGGCUUUGCCGACAAGUCCCCUGAAGAGGAGUUCCCCAUCCGUCAGCUCGGGACUAGCAUGGCUACUCCCAACCCACCCGAGGAGCAGCAGCAGCAGCAGCAGCAGCCGCCGCCGACGCCGCCGCCGCCGCCAGUUCAACCGAGUGAACAAGAUCUCAAGCCUGAAGAUUAUAAUACAACCCCGGAGGAGAAAUAUCAACAGCCAUUACAAAGCAUUGUCGAUGACAGUCGCCCAGAACAUGCCUUCGGUGAGGCUCCCGUCGAAGCGCCUCCAAUAGGAAAAUCUCCACCGACACAUGAGCCGGUCACUCCGACCGCCCCGGUGGCUCCCGCUCCCCUUCCGGUUACGGCGCCGGCUGUUGCACCAGAGCCUGCGCCGCCCUCAACACCACAGCCCGCACCGGCGAGGACAAGUCAUCCAUCAGCUGGGGGCUCAGGUAAUUCUCCGGCGAACAGUAAUAGUAACAGCCACAAUAGCAACCGAGCCCAAUUUCGCAGGACGAACGUCCCAAGCACAGUGCGCUACUCCGCCAUUAGCAAUAACUCUGCAAACACUGGUGCAUUAUCUUCAGACUCCCGUCCACAGCGGAAAAAGUCGACACUGCGUAAUGCUUUGAGUAAGCUAUUUGGGCGCAAGAAGAAGAAGAGCAAUGGCCCGUCCAGCUCAGCAGGCGACACAGACCGCACGUCAAGCGUGAUGCCAUCCCAGCACCGUAGUGAUACUUCGGGCCUGGUGAGGGUCAAGGAAACUGAAUCGAAACGAUCUGCGUCCUUGCCUAUCACCGAGUACGAUCGCGCACUACGUUCCCACUCCAUCGGGCCAAACGACUUUUCGACGAUAGAGAAUGUCCGCAACUCCAUACACGGCGAUAUGGGCACGCCAAGGCGGCGGGCCAUGACAACCACAGAUAGCAGGCUGUUCGGGACGCCAGCUAAACGAAACGAGUUUGGCGAGUGGGGAGGUCUUUCUCCUCGUCCUGUCAGCGCACAUGGCCGGGGCCGCGUGUCGGGCGUUGAAGAAGAUCCCGAGAUGAUAGGGCGGGCGAUAACUUCCGACAUGGAUGCCGGAACAGGAUACAACACGAAGCGAAGAUCGCGGUCGUUGUCAGGUAUCGACGCGCUUGGUGGACACCUCGCCCAUGUUGCUCCUGAUGGCACUGUGAACGCAGCCGGAGGCCGCCGGCGUAGUGAUGAGAUACGGUACUGGCGCGAAAGCUAUGGAGCUAGCUACCUCUCUCCAUUGUCUUCCACACAUCCUGAGACGGAAGGAGAUCAGAACGAAUACCGCGAUGGGGAUAACGACGACACCGGCGUAAUCUCGGUUGACCCGACGCAGUCGCUGGCGGCACGGCCAGCCACAAGCGCGGCACCGGAUUCGCCUCCGCAGCCGUUCAAUUUUGGCUCCUUAGCUACCAUGAACGAAAUGGCUGGUAUGAAGAUCACCCAGGCGGCCAGCCUCGAGGCCAGGGUGAACAACGUCGAGGGCAGGACCGACAGGUUGGAGCGUGUCGUGGAACAGCUGUGCAAUACUGUUUCUGGUCAGAAAGGUGGCUAUGCUGUAUCCACUACUGGCUCAAACCAGGUCCCGCGCUCGAUGCAGCCUCCUCAAUCUGAUUUCUGGCAGGCGCCUUCGUCAUUCCUGCGUGAACCACGUGCAGACCAGUCUUCUUCUAGGUAUACUAGUAGCCGACCAUCGGUAGAGACGGACGGGCUGACAUCGCACUCGCACAUGUCGUUCGGGGAGGGGCAGACCCUUGUCGGCGGCCUUAACCCGCCUUCGAGUGCAGCUGCCCAGUCGGGACUGCCACCCAUCGCCGCGUCUCCGUCCUCACCUGGCUCGCUGGGCUUCCCACGGGGAUCUGUUUCGACAGUUCGCGGGGCCAUGAGCUUACCCGCCCUGUCGGUGGCAGCUGCCUCGGAUGCAGGGGCAGCUGACUUGGCAGCGCAGCUCGAGGCUGAGCGUGCCGAGAGGUUGGCUCUGGAGCUUCAGCUCAAAAAGCUAUCGGAGCGCGUCAAUGUGCUGUCAAGCACCAUGUUCGCAAUGCUGCGGGAUCCGCAGAAGAACCGAUCCCAGGAGCGCCUGACCCCAUCGUCGGGCGUUGGCGAGAACAGGCUGUCUAGGACGUCGUCCAGCAGCCACCUCAACACGCCCACAAAGGUAGUGGUUCCGCAAUCUGGCAUCGGCAGCAGAAACUCGCCGGCUCCCGUGCCGAUAUUCCUGGAACCUCCGUCGUCGCUUAACAAGUUUCAUUCGUCCGGUAACACUCUAUCCGGGUUUGACGACACGGGGGACGAGGAGAGUGAUAGGGGCGCCGAGUCCGUGUCCGAGUCGUUCAUGACACCGAGGGAGGAGUAUUCGCCGCCCACGUACGGCGCCUUUGGCGAGGAGCUGAGGGACGAGACUGAGGAUGAGACCGACCCGAAGCGCAAGAAGGCCGCCAGGACGCUGAGCCUGAGCCAACUGACGCUGAACAAGGGCCAGCGGGCUGUUGUUUGA